AUGUCUUACGUAAAACUGCAAGGUUUUGGACUUCUCGAGUCAGGCAUGGUGUCUCGUAAGAAUGAAGUGAAUAUCAUGGUGAAGAACGCAGUAGAUGUUAUCUUCGGAGGGUUGACCUAUUGGAUGUUCGGUUAUGGCUUGAGCUUUGGUGACGACGAAGGAACCAACGCGUUCUGUGGUGUUGGCCAUUUCUUCACCGAUUCCGGUGAUGCAGACGAGCUUGGAUGGAUCUUUGCUCAGUUUGUAUUCCAGGCUUCCUUUGCCACCACUGCUACUACCAUUGUGUCUGGCGCGAUGGCAGAGCGGACCAAACUUGAAGCCUACUGUGUUUUCUCUCUGGUGAACACACUCAUCUAUUGCUUCCCUGCUCAUUGGAUUUGGGCUAAGACUGGAGUAUUCAAUAAAAUGGGUGCUGUCGAUAUUGCCGGAGCUGGUGCUGUCCAUCUAGUGGGAGGAAUUACGGGGUUGACGGCGACGUUGAUGUUGAAACCUCGCCGUGGUCGUUUCUCGACUCCACCCGCUAAAAUGGAGAUGAGCAAUCCAACCAAUGCCUUGCUCGGUAUGUUUAUGCUGUGGUGGGGGUGGCUAGGCUUCAACUGUGGGUCAACAUUUGGUAUCUCUGGUGGAAAAUGGAAACUCGCAACAAGGUCAGCCAUCGUGACCGUAAUGUCAGGCGUAGGUGGCGGUAUAGUGAGUUUGGCGUGCAGCUACCUCCAUCGACCGAACGGCAACAAAUUUGACCUGGGUUACCUCAUGAACGGUAUCCUAGGGGGUUUGGUCGGUAUUACAGCUCUAUGUGCCUUAGCCCGUCCCUGGGAGGGUCUACUGAUCGGGGCGAUCGGAGGAAUCAUUGCAGUCUUUACCCCAUCACUGCUGGAGAAGAUCAAGAUUGAUGAUCCCGUUGGGGUGAUAGGGGUACAUGCUUUAGCAGCGUCAUGGGGCAUUCUGUCGGUGGGGCUCUUCGCUCAACCAGAUGACAUUGAGAAUCUCAAUGUCAGAUCAGGUCUGUUUUAUGGCGGAGGUUGGGAGCUACUCGGAAUUCAAGCUCUAAUGAUCGUUACUCUCAUAGCUUGGACCGGCCUGACGGCAUUCAUUCUCCUCUAUGCCAUUCAAAACACCAUAGGUCUUCGCUGUUCCGUGGUCGAAGAGAUCCUUGGAGCCGACAUCAUUGAGCACGGUAUUGAUCAAACCAGUCCUGAAGACCGUGUUAAUGUUAUCCGUGAGCUCCGUUCCUUGGGGGAAGAAAUCCCUGACUUUUUAUUCCGGGAAUCGUCUGGCUAUUGGCGACGGAGCGCACGAACUCUGAAUCCAAGUUCGACGACAACGGUUUCGAAAGAAAUCUGUGACAUCGAACGGAAGUCGAGCAUCUACUCGCUGUCGAGCUCGGCCAUUCAACGACUGAAGAACGAGAAUGAAGGUGUCACAUUCACGAGACGAAAUGACCUGGAACUCCUGAAGAACAAUGGCGUCCGAGUAAGCAUAAACGGGGGUCUGACGAGGAGCUCCAGCAAGAAAUAUCGAGGAAAGAAAAGUUUAAUGCCCAGCUUUACCAAGAAAAAAGCCAGGCUGAGGAUAAACGGAGCAAGACAAAAACCCAUGGAGCUGGAUGUAUCAAGACUCGAGAUCAGAGAUCGACAAAUGACGGAUGUCAUUGAAACAGUUGUGAUUGAGACUGCGAACAAGCCUAGUUCAUAG